CUGUCAGACACGCUGAAACAUUUCUCUGCUGCGUAAAAAGCGCUCGAACACGUGGAGGAGACGCGCUGCGAUGGCUCAGGCAGGACCGCGCGUCUCUGGAACAAACAAGGACGGGAGAGGGAGAGCUGGAUUACUCGUGUUUGUGUGAGGUACUUUGGGUUAUUUAUGGGUAUCGACAUCAGCAGAAACAAUGAGAGAGUUGGACCAGCUGCUCAGCGUCGACACAGUCUUGGGUUCCUCUCAAACACGGUGGUCUCCAUCACCCACAGACUGGGACACUCGGCUGUGUUUCCUCGACCUGCUCUGGGACCGGAUGGCAGACCACCCGUCUCCAAACUGCUGCUGCCUCCAGAGGACAACUCUGAGACGUUACCCAUCAAAAUGAGUCCUCCAGCUCUUAUCUCUGACUUUCUACCUGAGUUCCCUCUGCGUAGAUUUCCUGGACCAGACCAUUUCCAGGUCCUGGGCUUCAUAGCUAAAGGAUCAUAUGGACCCAUCUUAAGAGUAAAGGACAUAUUCAAGGAGAAGAUCUAUGCUGUUAAGGUUCUACCAAAGUCAGAGAUCAAGAAGCGUGGACUUCUCAAGCAGACCAAAGAAGAAGUCAUUAUCCAGCGGCAGCUCAAACACCCAUUCAUCCACAAUCUGCAGGACUGCUGGCAGACAAAGCGCCAUCUCUUCAUUAUGUGUGACUACUGCAACGUUGGAGACUUGUAUACUUACUGGUUACUGAAGGGGAAGUUUGGGGAGGAAGAGGUUCGCCUCUUUGCUGCAGAGCUGGGCAGUGCACUGGGAUUCCUACAUGACUUAGGGAUCAUACAUCGAGAUGUAAAGAUGGAGAACGUUCUUUUAAGUGAUCAAGGUCAUCUCCGUCUGUCUGAUUUUGGACUCUCCCGGCGGCUAAAACGAGGAGGAAAAGCGUUCACGAUAUGUGGGACGAUCCAGUACAUGGCUCCUGAAGUCUUAAGUGGGGGUCCAUACAGCCACGCUGCUGACUGGUGGUCUCUUGGCGUUUUGUUGUUCUCUCUUGUGAUUGGAGAGUUUCCAGUUCCUGCAGAGCCCGACCAUAGAACCAUGUUGAAAAAGGUCAAAAGUUUUCCCUACCAUGUACCCAAAGCCUUCAGUUCUGCUCUGAUCAUACUGCUCACAGAGCUAUUAUGCAAGAAUCCAGCAAAACGGCUGCGCAACCUGGAGAGUUUUAAGAUGCAGGCCUUCUUCAGGGGAACAUCAUUUGACUCCCUCAUCCUUCAAAAGACACCCGUGAAAUCCAUCCUUGAGCUCAGGACUCAUCCAGAUUGGGAAGCAAAAGCGAUGAGAGGCCUUUCAUUGGACAACUUAGAUAACUUUGACUGUGAUAAAAUCCUACACUCUCCCACAACUCCUACUGAACCGUCUCCAAGUCUGGCAAAUAUGGACCUGAGCCCAGACCCGUGUAAAGCAUAACACUGGAGUCUUUUUUUGUGACUGGAUGGAGAUGUCAGAAAAUAGGCAGAGGAUGAAAACUUUUCUAAUAAAUGCAUCACCUCUUAGAAUUUAAUUAAUAUUGGUUCAAUAUUUUAAAGGUCCUUAGCAUUCUGUGUAUAUAGGACCUGAGCACAUUUUUUCACCAUAAUGCCUGUUGUUUAUUGUUUUAAGGAUCCAGAUUUUAAUAAACUCCUCUUAGGGGCUUCAUCCAAUCAUCCCCAAAUUUGGUCAGCGCAGACACCUUGAAGAAAAAUAUUUAUUAAAAGGUUUAGUCUACAAUAAAGGGCUUGGCCGUGGCUAGGGGGUCAAAGUUCAAUGUUUUUAAGCACUUUGUCAAAUAAUGAUAAAUCCUUUAACUCUCAAAUGUUAUGUUUGAUCCUUUUCAAAUUGUAAAUGUAUGAUGAGAGUCCUGGUUUGACCACAACUACAUGCACAUAUUUGACUGUGGCUAUAGCUCACACUACUGCUAACAGGAUAUGACAUGGUUUCUCUAUUCAUUUUUUGUCUUUUGUUUUAAACUGAAUCUUAUAUAUUUCAAAUUUGAAAUAAAACUUUGGAUUUUA